AAGAAGUCCUGCAUCCGUUUCUUUACUUUCAUUUGUAUUUUCCUUUCAUUUAACGAACGUUUUUUCUCAACACCGUUAAAGGACAGAUGAGAGGAGCAACCUGACUUUAUCUCAAACUCUCGUGCGUCUGUCCGUGGCUCAUCAGGAGCUCAGAGUCUCUCUCUCUCUCUCUCUCUCUCUCUCUCAAUCUCUCUCAAUCUCUCUCUCAGCAUGCCCGCUGUGUUCCUCUUGAUCCGCUCAGCGCUCCUCCGGCUCUUCGGAAGCCGCCUCGCCGGUGCAGCAGCUCGCGCGCUCAGGAGAAGCUUCUCUGCGGCUGCUGCUCACCUCACCGCCGCGCUGCGUCUCGUCUGGGAGCGUUUGAGCUCGCAGGAGUCCAAGGAGGCCAUUGUGGGCUGCGUGCUCUGCAUUCUUAACAUGCACAAAAAAGUGGACAAUUGACCCAUUCCUCUUUCCUUUUCUCAAUAAUUACACUGAUUGUUUGUUUUUAUUUAUUUAUGUGUAUUUUUUCUGGAUUUAAUUCACUACAGACAUCUUUAGCAUUUGACUAGUAAA